CUCAACCGCGCCGCUCACGUGACACCUCAGAUAGCUCGGAUGGAGAGAGCGAGGAAUUCGAGCACCAACUAGAAACUCGAAGCGCGACCCAGCGAGAAUCAAAGAGCCGGCCUCCCGGCCGACGGUGAGGAUCCUCCCGAUGGCUGCCUCCUCCUCCCUCCAGCUCGCGGCCCACCGUCUCCCCUCGCCCUCCUCCUCCGCCGUCCGGCUCCCGCCCGACGCUCGCCUCGGCAUCCCAGCCACGCCUUCCCGCCGCCUCGCUCUCCUCCAUCUCGGCAGCGCUAUGCAUCACGAGCAGUUGUUUAGAAUAAAACGUUCUAGGUUGAUAAGAAAAGUGAAAGGUAUAGAGGCCAGGGCUGCUGGAAAAACGACGAGACAGGCAAGCACCACCAUCAGUAAAGAAGAGGCCUUAGAGUGGGUGAAAAAGGACCAGCGGAGGCUUCUACAUGUUGUUUAUCAUGUUGGGGACUUGGACAAGACAAUAAAGUUCUACACAGAAUGCUUAGGAAUGAAGUUGCUGCGAAAGCGUGACAUUCCCGAGGAAAGAUACACAAAUGCUUUCCUUGGGUAUGGACCUGAAGAUUCACAUUUUGUUGUGGAACUCACUUAUAACUAUGGGGUUGACAAGUAUGAUAUUGGAACUGCUUUUGGUCACUUUGGUAUUGCAGUUGAGGAUGUUACCAAGACGGUGGAUCUUAUAAAAGCAAAGGGAGGAAAGGUGAUCAGGGAACCUGAUCAUGUAAAGGGGGCCAAAACUGUGAUUGCCUUUAUCGAAGAUCCUGAUGGUUAUAAGUUCAAGCUUUUGGAAAGGGGCCCUACACCAGAGCCCUUGUGUCAAGUAAUGCUUCAUGUUGGAGAUCUUGAUCGUGCCAUUAACUUCUAUGAGAAGGCAUUUGGUAUGGAGCUUCUAUGCAAACGAGACAAUCCUGAGUGCAAGUAUACCAUAGCAAUGAUGGGAUAUGGUCCUGAGGAUAAAAAUACAGUGCUGGAGUUGAGCUACAACUAUGGGGUUAAAAAAUAUGACAAAGGAAAUGCCUAUGCACAGAUUGCAAUAGGCACAGACGAUGUUUAUAAAACUGCAGAAGCAAUAAAACUGUGUGGGGGAAAAAUUACUCGUGAACCAGGUCCUUUACCUGGCAUUAACACGAAGAUCACUGCCUGCUUGGAUCCUGAUGGCUGGAAAACGGUCCUUGUUGACAACAUAGAUUUUGCCAAGGAACUGGAGUGAACCAAUUGUCAUGCCUAAGUUUCUGCUGCUGAGUUUGUCAAGGAGUGUCCAGCCUUCCAUCACUUAAUGCGGCCUUUGCCUGUCAAGUCCUGUAAAAUCACCAAGUCCCUGAUCUCGGUUUGUAGAUAAGUUAUUCCACCAUUAAGUAACAAGCGUCAUCCAUAUAGCUUGGUGUAAAUGCUAGAUUUUGAUGCAAUUUUAAUCUAUCAUCAUGUCGAUCUAGUUUGCGUCCGACUUAUUCUUAUUAUAUUGGUUCUGCUCAUUAACUCUUUGAUGGCACCUAUCUUCUACUUCUCUGCUGAGCCAUGCUGGGAUAUCAGAGCAGACAUCAAGAACAAUACCUGAAAAAAUAGCACCACUUAGUUUCAUGUACUGUAUUAUCUGAAAAUCUAUGUACGAAUUAUCCUACUAAUCUUACUUCUUUUCUUCUUCA